AUGCCAAAACUCAAGCAAUUGACGUGCCAUGUCGAAUGGACACCAUCAAACACCCCAUUUCGUGAAUAUGGCAUCUGCUACGGAGACGGUGUUGUGGAAAGCUACAUCGCCAUUCCUGCUGGAUCUACACCCUUCAGUAUCAAUCUGAGAUCGGACGGGUUUAUAGCCCCUGGUCUGGCGGCGUUUGUGUUCAUAGAUGGCGUCUACCAGUGCAAUCGAUACAGGGGCGAUCUCCAAAUCAGUGAUAAAGUCAGGAUGGAUUGCUUGUCAGAUACGGUCAACUUUCGAGUUCGUCAGAAGGAGGAACGCCUUCCAGACGGCGGCUGGAUGGGGAGACCCUGGAGGUUUGAGCCGUUGAAUAUUGACAACUCUGUAAACGAUCCUACUUUGUCAAGCCAUUUUCGGCAUCUCGGAACUAUCCAUGUGCUAGUAUUACGCUGCUUACCGGAUACUGGGCUGCCAGACUACGCCGCCUCCGGUUUCGAUUUGGAGUGUCCAACGUCCCCUGAGUCUGCAACAGCUAUCAUGAGCGAUGAUGAAUCAUUGUUUACCCGUCCCUUGCAUGGUCAGACCAAAAGCAGAGAUCAGACAAUUAUUCCGCCCUAUGCUGGAUUCGAUGGGCCAGGUGACAUCCCUUAUUAUAACUCCAGGCAGAGCAGACGAUACGACCAAUUUCGUCCCAAUACGUCUUCCGCUCGUGACGUUAGAUCAGAGUUCCGGAGAGGAUCUGGCGGAAUUUCCAGUGAUGAUUGGAACCAACCCAGACGUGACAGCGAUUGGACGGACGUCCCUGUUCGCAAGAAGAGCUCGAUCAAUCGCUUGGAAAGAGAUCAACGAACAGCAACUACCACGAGCUCUCAUCUCUCCUGUCAGUCGGCAUUGAGCAGACGGCUAGACACAAACUAUGUUCCGGAUAUUGAUCCUUUCGAUUCUGCCAGCAAUGCCCCUAAUCGAGCGCGUAUGGCCCAGUCUCGAAUCUCAUAUGCCCCCAGUGGAACACCAAUAGUGGUAAACAUUAACCCCAUGCUAUCCCCCGAGCAGCGAGUCACUACAAGCAGGGGUCCUGGUUUGCCAGAUGAAAGAAGAACAACAACAGGUGACGCCGGCCAUGGACAUAUCGGCUCAAACAGGGACAAAGGUUAUCAAGAAUAUAAUCUUAGGCGCCGCUAUGAUGACUCCGAAAAGGACCGAGAAUAUCAAUAUGGCCGUAAGGAAGGAAGACGCAAUAUGAAGCAUGGAAAUGUCCAUCCUGCCUCGACCCCUGGAGGCUUCCAUUCUAGAGACCAUCAGCAGCAUGAUGGUCGUGAUUCUGAGUGGGAUAAUCAUGGAGACACGGACCAAGGCGUUGACAACAACUCACCCUCCACCGGCUGGAAACCUAAUGGUGAAAGCGGUUUCCUGACUGAAGAUAAGGAUGAGUGGGGUGCCAGCAGUCCUCAAAUGACGCAGUCCGAUGAUCAGCAAUGGGAACAGGAUGCUGAUCCUCUGAAUAACAACAAAACAGAAGCGGAUAAUGAAUGGGUUCAAGCUGACACCAAUGCCAGUUCCUCCAAUAACGAGAGUUUGUUAAAGGAAAAGUCAUGGCAACCCGACGCUGGCAAUGUCAACGAGGGAUAUGAUUGGGAUACCAGCGAGAACCCUAAUCAAGACACCAUACCCGAGAAACAAUCGCAUGUGGAUGAGCAUAGUACCACUAUUGGCAAUGGUACCUGGACAAGGACCGUUCAGAGUUCAAGCUCCGGGAUUGAUGACCAAGAUCCCUUAUACAGAAACACAGCUGACAACAAGGAUAGCCAUGGUGCAGAGCCUGGAAGAAUUAAAGUGCAGAUCCCGUGCGGCGAAGCUGCGCGGAUGCUGCGAGAAAGGCCUGUAUUGUGGCAGGGCAAUAAUCCAUUAACCGAGAAUGCAGCUCCUUCGCCAGCGUCGCGACCUCAACAGCUAACCCCUGGUCAGAAUUCAAUGGUGCUUGUAUCUCCACUGGCCACAGGAAGUGACGGGAACGAACCAGCUCUCUAUACCGUUCCCCUAUCUGUUGCGCGGUCCGGUUUAUUGUCACACCAAGUUCAACUAGGCAGCGCGGCAGAGUACGUACACAAAGUUGGACAGCCGACAUAUAUUGACACCCUGGAAUCACCGUACGCGAAGUUUACCUUCAACUACCGAAUUCAAGGGGCUAUCGAACAGCUGUUGGGAAUCAAAAUUGAACGCAACUUAGACGAAGAACGCAGAAAAUUAGAGAGUGUUUCAAAAGAGGAACUCAUAGCUCACAUUUUGCGCACCGAGGUAGUCCAAAACAGCUGA